CUUGCGCUCUGCUCGACCAGGCGGUCUGAGAGCGCGACGAGAAUGGCCGUCUCGCGCACCACAGGCAGAAUUCCGGCCGGCCAGAAGGUAUCGUGGUGCGAAGACGAGGGAGACGAGGAGUUGAGCGACUGGAAGUUGCCGCUCUGUUUCACACAGAGAAGACACAUGGAAAACAUCGUCGGACGUCAGGACCUUGCCGAGGGAUGGAGGAUGAAAGAGAGGAUGAAGACUGUGAGUGUGGCGCUUGUGUUGUGUCUCAAUGUCGGUGUUGAUCCGCCUGACGUCGUCAAGCCGUCGCCGUGUGCGAGAGAGGAGACUUGGAUAGAUCCAUUGUCUAUGAGCCCUCAAAAGGCACUGGAGGCGGUAGGUAACAAUCUACAAAAGCAGUAUGAACGGUGGCAGCCGAAGGCAAGAUACAAGCAGAGUCUUGAUCCCACGACUGAUGAUGUGAAAAAGCUGUGCACGUCUUUGCGUCGUAAUGCAAAGGAUGAGCGUAUUCUGUUUCACUACAAUGGCCAUGCUGUACCAAAGCCAACUACGAAUGGAGAGAUAUGGGUUUUCAAUAAGAGUUACACUCAGUACAUUCCGCUUUCUCUUUAUGAUCUUCAGACAUGGAUGGGCAGUCCGUCCAUUUAUGUGUGGGAUUGUAAUACAGCAGGUGUUGUGCUUGAGACGUUCAAUCAGUUUGCACGACAGAGAAGAGAUGAUUAUUUGUCUCGACUUCAGAUGCGUGGUGCUUACAUUCCCGGCUCAUCCCCAACUCCAUCCGAUCCUCCAGCUGUAAGAAACUACAUUCAACUAGCAGCUUGCGGCUCACAAGAACUCCUCCCAAUGAAUCCAGAACUCCCAGCCGACCUCUUCACAGCCUGUCUGACAACACCAAUCAAAACAGCUUUGCGACUCUACAUCUUGCAGAAGACAAACUGGUUGAGACCGAGUGUGACUGUCGAUAUCGUGGACAAGAUUCCCGGUCGUUUGAACGAUCGACGGACACCUCUCGGUGAACUCAAUUGGAUAUUCACGGCCAUCACUGACACGAUUGCAUGGAACACGUUACCACGAGAACAAUUCCAACUGUUGUUUCGGCAAGAUCUUUUGGUGGCCAGCCUUUUUCGAAAUUUUCUUCUUGCUGAUAGAACCAUGAGACAAUACAACUGUGUACCGAUGUCUACGCCCUCGCUCUCGCCCACUCAUCAGCAUCCGCUGUGGCAAGCAUGGGACUUAUCUCUAGACGUGUGCCUGCCACAAAUUGUCUCUGUACUAGAAGGAAACACAGCUUACCAGUCUAGUCCAUUUUUUGCCGAUCAACUGACUGCCUUUCAAGUGUGGCUUACACUCGGCAGUAAUGCUAAUAAACCACCAGAGCAGCUGCCAAUUGUACUGCAGGUGCUGCUUAGUCAAUAUCAUCGAGUUCGAGCUUUGGAAUUGCUCGGGAGGUUUCUAGAUUUGGGGCCAUGGGCAGUGAAUGAGGCUCUUUCUGUUGGUAUUUUUCCUUACAUUUUGAAACUUCUACAAAGCACAGCGAGAGAACUUAGACAUCUCCUCGUUUUCGUAUGGGCAAAGAUCCUUGCUGUCGAUAGUUCGUGUCAGUCAGAUCUAGUGAAGGACGGUACUCAUCGCUAUUUCUUGACGGUCUUGUGUGACCCUUACAUGCCAGUCGAGCAUCGGACAAACGCAGCAUUCGUUCUCGCACAAAUUGUCAAUAACUACAUACAGGGACAAGAGGCUUGUCUUCAGGGUCACUUGAUUGCGACGUGUUUGGAUCAACUACUGGAGCCGCAGCUGCUGCUGCGUCAGUGGUUGGCCAUCUGUUUGGGUCGGAUUUGGAGGAACUACGAGGCGGCUAAGUGGGUCGGCGUACGCGACAGUGCCCACGAGAAAUUGGUUUGUUUGUUGACGGAUUUAUCACCAGAGGUCCGGGCUGCUGCCAUGUUUGCUCUGGGAACGUUUAUCGGCGUCAGCAGUGAACGAAACGAUCACGUCAACACGAUUGACAAUAACGUUGCUUCUUGCCUUCUCAAUAACGUCUCAGAUGCAAGCGCUCUAGUUAGAGAGGAGUUGGUGAUUGCUCUCUACGGCUUUGUCAUGCAGUUUGAAAGCAUUUUCAAGUCGGUCGCCUCCACCAUGCAAGAAGACGAACGUCAGAAAGAAGAGAACGCCCGUAACAUCCAGGGCAUCAGCACAACUCUCAACCCAGCCGGUGACUGGGUGAUGGUACACGCGGACUACACAGCUUCCAACACAGCACAUUCUGAUCCAUCUACGUCAUCACAAUUACCCGAAAUGUCAUCGUCACCGUCACAGAAGCCGGUCGUUGUACGAGCGACGAGUGCUAGUGAUGUACGUUCGACUGUUGAAACUCAUCCAAUGGUGCGUUACAAUACAUCCGAAUUACCGUCCAUUUUGAAGUCGUCGAUGACGUCAGAAUCGGGUUCGGGAUCGAGAGCGAUGUCGCCGCCGACGCUCGCGAGUAGCAGCUCGGGUAGCAGUAGUAACAGCCCGAACACGCAUGGAGACUACAUUCGACGGUCGCCGACGUUUCGGUUCAAUAGUGUGUAUACGAAUACAUGGAAGAUGCUUAAGUUGCUGUCUCUUGAUCCGUGUCCUAGUGUUGCGAUGCCGGCAAGAAGCGUAGUGGAUCACAUCAGCAGUAGAGCCGCAAACGUGGCUCAACCAAAGCGAUGUCGAGGGAGCACCGUCGGCUCCCAUUCAGCUCCUAACUCCCCAACAAUGCAGAGACGCCAGGCACCUGAAACUGCUGCUGAUGCUUCUGCGAGUGACGGUGUUCACGUUGCAGCGAGUGAGCCGGCACUGCAUCACCCGAGUUCGCCUCGAAACGCCAGCAUGGUGGCAAAGGUGUCGCUAACGAUUCCCUACUCGCGACAGUUUUCGACGAAACGAAAGAUUUUCGGUCGAGGACCGGACAAACAGAGUGAGAGUGCGAACAUAACUCCGCAGUCGUCGGUGAAUUCGUUAGAGGACAUGGCGAAUCGGCAGCUGCCGAUUGUGAACUAUGUGAAGACGUGUUUCUGUGAUUGGAGUGCAACUCAUUUUACACGCUCGACGACUAGGAUUCCCGAAUCCGAUGACAAACGCAGUGAAGAAUAUCAAUCGCGACUCAAACGUUAUCAAAGAAACGAUUUACUAAGGAAAACAGCAGAAGUCGAACUGUUGAGAGCGGAGAGAUGUCGGUUGGAUGAUCAAGUUUUAGUACACAGAAAUCCACACUCUCCAGGUUGUGUACUAUUUCAUCCGUAUCAUUCGGAGUUGAUUGUAGGAGAGCGGGCUGGAGUGAGUGUUUGGGACUGGGAGGUGGGAUCAAAGAUGCAUACGUUGAAUGUCGGUCAUCCUCGCGACUCGAGGAUUACAGCAAUUGACUAUAUUAAUUCUCAUGAUGACACGUUGUUGUUGACUGGAAGUGACGAUGGUUCUGUACGUAUUUGGCGUGAUUACUCGUCACCACAAAACUCGAGAGUCGUGUCAGCAUGGAAGGCAUUGUCAGACAUGCUCCCUUCAACUAAAGGAUCAGGGUUGGUCUUGCAAUGGGAGCAACAAACCAGUUCACUGUUUGCAUCCGGCGACGUUCGCCACAUCAUAGUGUGGGACACAGAGAGAGAACUGAAAACUCAGGAAAUUGCUACGGGUGCAGACAGUUGUGUCACGUCGCUGGCAACCGAUGAAGCCGGUCGUUCUCUGCUGAUCGCCGGGUGCGGCGAUGGAUCCGUUCGGUUGUUUGAUCGUCGUAUUCCUUCCGGAGAUUCUGGAUCGUCGAGUCACGUUAUGACGCUGAAGGAACACAGCAGUUGGAUUGUGAACGUGUUUUUGCAGACACGAAGCGAUGGAAAAAUUGUGAGCGGAAGCAUCGAUGGCGAAGUGAAGCUGUGGGAUCCACGUUUUUCCGAGUCGGUAAAAACAAUCAACUCAUCAGCGAUACUAUCUGCCCUCGACGUCCAUCCGAACUCUAACAUAUUCGCAAGUGGUUCAUCUAGUCAGUUCAUCAAGGUCUACAACUUGUCUGGUACUCCACUCAGCACAAUUCGUUACCACGAUGGCUUUAUGGGUCAACGGAUUGGACCAAUAUCGUGUCUAGCCUUCCACCCAUACAAAGCGUAUUUGGCUGCUGGUAGUACCGACUCUUACCUCUCGAUUUAUACUCUAGAAAAGCAAAAGAAGUGACUUGUAGAGAUACAGUAUUCUGUGAUGCGGGGGAUUUGCAGUCGUGGUGCUUUGAGAUUUUAUUUUAAUAUUUAAUAUUGGUUGCGGUAUGAUUUUUGUUUUAUUUGUCUGCAACAGUCUGUGUAAAUAUACAGCUAUGACAUUACAUGUAUAAAAAUGGUUUUCACUAGA